AUGCCACCACGAUCCCCUCCACCCAAUCAUCAUGUCCAUGUUGAAGAAGUUGAAGACGAGGAAAGAGUUUGGAUGCGAUUUAUCCAGACAUACCCUGGACAAGUAGCGAGGACGCUCGGACAAGCAGAGACAUUAUUUGAGAGCAUCAGAGUGGAACAAGAAGCAUUAGGCCUAGAUCCGUGGGCACCCUUUGCAGAUGAAGAGGAGUGGGGGCUGGUGAAGUGGCUGAUUGCGAGAGUAGGUCAGAUGGCAAUUGACGAGUUCUUUAAACUACCCAUUACUGGCCACAUGAAUACUUCCUUCACAAGUAAAUAUACCUUGAUGAAAGCUGUUGAUCAGCUUCCCCGAGGCACCGAGUGGAUGUUAAAGAAAAUAACUGUCAAAGGCAACAUAGUCAGCAAUAGUGGCCAAUGGGAAAGUGAAGAGCUCGAACUGUGGUUACGGGACCCUGUAGACUGUAUCCGUGAGCUCAUGGGCAACUCAGAAUUCAAAAACAUGGUGUCAUACACACCAGAGAGGGUUUUUGCAGAUGAGGAGGGAAAGACCUGCAUGUUUGAUGAGAUGUGGACUGGUGAGUGGUGGUGGGAGAUGCAGGGAAGAUUGCCUCCAGGGGCUGUUGUUGCGCCAGUGAUCCUGGCAUCUGAUAAGACUUCAUUGUCGCAGUUCCGGGGAGACCAGGAGGUGUGGCCCAUGUACUUGACCCUCAGAAACAUCUCAAAAGAGAUCCGCUGUCAGCCAUCCAAACGUGCAGCCAUCCUAAUCGCGUACUUACCAAUCUCAAAGUUAGAAUGCUUCAAGCGAGAUACAUGUUCUGUUGAACCUUAUCAUCUCUUCCACUACUGCAUGACACAGGUCCUGGAGCCAUUGGUCAGUGCAGGAACGGACAGAGUGGAUGUCACAUGCCCUGAUCAUCAAGUCAGGCGGUUGCAUCCCAUUGUGGCAGUGUAUUGCCUCAUGACCUGCUGCAUGGAGAACCGGUGCCCAAAGUGUGUUGUGGGAUGUAACGAGCGAGGAGACAUGAUGAGGGCCAAAAUGGGCAAUGAUCAGUUUGAGGGAGAACUGGGACUACAAGCAAUUUACUCACUGUUCUGGAUGACACUCCCACACAACAACAUUUUCUCAUGUAUCACUACCGACAUUCUACAUCAGCUGCACAAAGGUGUGUUUAAGGACCACCUUGAGGAACUCGACUCACGUUUCAAGGAGAUGACAUUAAAAGGCAUCUCAAAACAUAAACAAUGGACGGGAGCAGAUUACCGAGAACUGCAGCGGGUUUUUCUGGGUGUGAUUGCCAGGGCGGUUGACAAUCAAGUUCUAACAGCUGUCCGUGGCAUGUCAGAUUUCAUUUACUAUGCACAGUACAAGACUCACACGGACAAAACACUUGCUCGGAUGCAUUCUGCCCUCGCAUUAUUUCAUGCCAAUAAGGACAUUUUUGUUGAACUUGGUGUACAGGAGCACUUCAAUAUACCGAAGGUUCACGCCAUGGUCCACUACAUUGAUGCAAUUCGUUUGUUUUGGAGUGCAGAUGGUUUCAACACGGAGCUCCCUGAACGACUUCACAUAGAUUUUACCAAGCGUGCGUACUGUGCUUCCAAUCGCCGUGACUACAUUAUUCAAAUGACAACAUGGCUAUGCCAACAAGAAUCUAUCUACCUUCAAGAGGCUUAUUUGCGAUGGUGGUCCUCUCAAAAUACUGCUAACGAAGAUACACACUCGCAGGACUCAGACACCAGCAUUGACUCUGAUUCUGAUGCUUCUCGUGGAUAUUUUGUGCCCCGGACGAUCCCCUUUCCAAACUCAACAAUUCAGCGGUUAAUUGAUGAGCACGGUGCUUCCGCCUUCAUUCCCGCUCUCGAAGAGUUUACACACCGAAAAUUUACACCACAAGACUGGGUUGAUGUGUACAAGUACCUGAAGGUGCUCUCCCCCCCACGACCACAUGUAAACAAUGCCAAAUGUUUAUUCAAGGUACACGCAGUGCCAGUCAUUCCGUCGAAGGAUGCAAGGAAAGGGCCAGCUCCUGCACACUUCAACACGGUGCUUGUGAUUGAAGAUGAGGACCGGUACACUGGGGAGGGAAUAUCAGGUCUGUGCGUUGGUGAAGUGAAGGUUAUUUUUGACCUCCCAUCACGUUUCGGACAUUUUCCCCACCCCCUUGCAUACAUCCAUUGGUUCCGGCCACUUCAAACAUUCGACGAUAAUUUGCAGAGUUUCAAGCUCACGAGGUCUUCAUGGCAGCGGGGACCUAAUGCAGCUGUUCUACCCGUGAAUCAAGUUCUGCGCCCUUGUCACCUUGUUCCCCGGUUCAGUCGAGAUGGGUCAGAAGAAUUCUAUUUGAAUAGGUACAUUGAUUUAGAGUUGUUUGAGUGA